AUGUUUGAUAGAUCUUUAAUAGGGUUUAUUGGUAUUUGUUGUUUGCCACCAAUUGUAUUACUAUAUAAUUUACCAAAUUUAUCAUUACAAUGGAUUAUUAUACAAAGUGGUAUAUUCUCAUUUGGUGCAGGUUUAUUAACUUAUAGAUUAAUUCCAACAAUUUCGGAGUUAACAUCAACAGCAAACCUCACUGGUAUGGAUUUAAAUAAAAAAGGCAAUCCAAAAUAUUCAGGUAAAAAAAUACCCGAAUCAUUAGGUAUUUGUGUUUCAGUUGUUUAUUUAGUUUGCGUUAUUUUAUUUCAAUUAUUCCAAUGGUUUUCAUUCCCAGAAACAGUUCAAUUAAGUGAAUAUAAUGCAGCAUUAACAAGCAUUUGCUUUAUGAUUUUAUUAGGAUUUGGUGAUGAUGUAUUAAAUUUACGUUGGAGAUACAAGUUAGUUUUACCAUUAUUUGCAAGUCUUCCAUUGUUGGUAGCUUAUGCAGGUGGUACAUCAGUUGUCGUUCCAGAUAUUAAUUUCCCAGUUCCAUUAAGAGAAUGGUUAGGUAUGACUUUUGACCUUGGUGUUUUUUAUCGUAUCUACUUGUUAAUGUUAGCAAUCUUUUGCACCAACUCAAUUAACAUUUUAGCCGGUAUUAAUGGUUUGGAGGUUGGUCAAUCAGUUGUAAUUGCAAUUUCAAUUAUUGUUCACAAUUUAAUCGAACUUACCAUCUCACCAAAUUCACAACAACAUCUCUUCUCAUUGGUCUUGAUGAUUCCUUUCCUUUUCACAGCAAUUUCUUUAUUAUUCUAUAAUUGGUAUCCAUCUCGUGUUUUUGUCGGUGAUACUUUUACAUAUUUCUCUGGUAUGUGCUUUGCUGUUGUUGCCAUUCUUUGUCAUUUCAGUAAAACUUUAUUAUUAUUCUUUAUUCCACAAAUUUUAAAUUUCCUUUAUUCGACCCCACAGUUAUUCGGAGUUAUUCCAUGUCCAAGACACAGAGUACCAAAAUAUAAUCCAACUACCGACAAAAUGGAGGCUAUUCCAACUAAUUUAACAAUUAUUAACUUGUUAUUAAUGGUUACCGGUCCAUUAUCUGAAAGAAAACUUUGCAUCUAUUUAUUAAUUUUCCAAGGUUUAUGUUCAUGUAUCGGUUUUGGUGUCAGAUAUUUUGUAGCUCCAUAUUUUUUCUAA